GCGGGCGCGCGGGGCCGGCCGGGAGCGGCCGGGCCGGGCUGCGGGGGGCGGGCGGGCGAGCGAGCGGGGCCGGGCCGGGCCGGGCCGAACCGGGCCGGGCCCCGCCAUGGCGGCCGAGGGGAAGGUGACGGGGCAGAGCCAGGAGCAGUUCCUGCUGCUGGCCAAGGCGGCCCGCGGCGCCGCGCUCGCCAGCCUGAUCCACCAGGUGCUGGAGGCCCCGGGCAUCUACGUGUUCGGGGAGCUGCUGGACAUGCCCGCCGUGCGCGAGCUGGCCGACGGCGAGUUCUCGCCCGUGUUCCGCCUCCUCACCAUCUUCGCCUACGGCACCUACGCGGACUACCUGGCUGAAGCAGCAAACCUCCCUCCCUUGACAGAGGCCCAGAAGAACAAACUGAGGCACCUGUCCGUCGUCACUCUGGCUGCCAAGAUCAAGUGCAUCCCCUACUCGGUGCUGCUGGAGCAGCUGCAGCUGAAGAACGUCCGGCAGCUGGAGGACCUGGUGAUUGAGGCUGUGUAUGCAGAUGUGCUGCGAGGGAGCUUGGAUCAGCGCAACCAGCGCCUGGAGGUGGACUACAGCAUUGGGAGGGACAUCCGCAGGGAGGAGCUCAGCACCAUCACCCGCACGUUGCAGGAGUGGUGCCAGGGCUGCGAGGUUGUGCUGUCGGGCAUCGAGGAGCAGGUCAGCCGGGCCAACCAGCACAAGGAGCAGCAGCUGGCCCUCAAGCAGCAGAUCGAGAGCGAGGUGGCCAACCUGAAGAAGACCAUUAAAGUGACAACAGCAGCCGCUGCAGCAGCCACGUCCCAGGACCCAGAGCAGCACCUCACGGAGCUCAGGGAGCCAGCCCCUGGCACCAACCAGCGCCAGGCGAGCAAGAAAACCUCCAAAGCCAAAGGGCUCCGGGGCAGCACGAAGAUUUGGUCUAAAUCAAACUAGUUGGAUCUCCCUUCACAACUGGGAGGGUGAGAGGAAGAGAUUCGGGGGAUGGAGGGGUAGCAGGGGUCCCACGUGUGAUGCUUCUGAGCUCUUCUCCCAAAUCCAUCUUGCCAGCUAACUCUGCUGCACGUUUGUUCUCUUUCCUUUCUCCUUUACCGACCUUCCAGGCAGCGUCUCCCUCCUUUUCAUCGCAGCAUUUCACACUCUGAGCUUCAGGUUGUACGCGUUGCUGUUUCCCCAACCGCUCAAGCCCCGUAGCCACGGCCACGUGUUUCUCUCUUUCUCUCUCCCUGUCUUUUGACAGGUCAAUUUCAGGAGCCAUAAAGGUGUGACAGUCACCUUGGCACCCCCAGGGCAUCACAAAAGCUUGGCAAGAGGGUGCUGGUGCGCAGCAGUCGUUUUGGCUCUAUGAGACCCCCCUGGGAUACUUUGCUCCAGGACACCGUCUUUGAUUGUUUAAUCUUUGUUUUGCUAGGUGGGAGGGUAGUUUUUGAAGGGAUUCUUUUAAAAAGUAUAAAAAUAUAUUAUAAAUAUAUAUAAAACAAUAAAAAUAGAGAUCUAUGGACAUAUCUAUACAAACCUGCGCUCCUGUGGGCGGCAUCUCUUUGCCUUGUAUGCCAGUUCUGGAGGUACCAAAAUAAGCUGUGAUGUUAAGAGCCUUUGUCCCAUUUUGGGGUGGAAUAUCCUCAAAAUACUAGGUUCCCUUUUCAAAGGUAGUGCCACAGUAUCUCUGUUGGGAUGAGAGUCCAUAAAACAGAAAUCAAUCAUAAAUCUUAUUUAAAGUG